AUGAAUAAUUCGUCUGCUGCAGGUUUUACCCAACCGAUCUACUCGGACGCAAGCAUAAUCGGUCAGAUUUGCUUCAGCAUCAUCAUAGUGAUCGCAGCUCUCUUAGGAAACACGAUGGUCGUCGUUGCUGUUUGUUCCACUAGAAAACUCCGAAAGCCUACAAAUUAUUUCAUUGUAUCGUUAGCCGUGAGUGAUAUCUUAAUUGCGGCGACGAUUGUUCCGUUUCGCAUUCAUCAUUACGUCAACUCGAUGGUGUGGGAUUUGGGCCCUCAAGGAUGCGAAAUAUGGAUGUUUAUGGAUUUUUUAUGCAGUGCAGCUUCUACUACAAACGUUGCUCUGAUCGCUAUAGAUAGAUUCCUAGCCCUAUCAUAUCCUUUCAAAUAUCAGAGACUCGUCAACGGGAAACGGGCAGCAAUUGCUAUAAUUUCGGUCUGGUGUUAUGCGGCCGUCCUCAGCUCGUUGUCGCUCACAAAAUGGUCUGACGAUGCCAAGUUAUAUCACACUCCUGCUUGUCUAAAGAUCGACAAGACUUAUUAUCUGGUCGUACCCAUUCUUGGUAUAUUUCUUCCGUUAGUCAUUCUAGUUGUUGCUUAUUCGAUGGUGUUUAAUCUUGCCUUUCGUCAAGCAAUGAUGAUCAAGGCUCACUCAACAGUCAAAUAUGAUAAAUCUGGCACAAAACUCGACAAAUCUGCGCAAACGAGAAUGCUAAUCCGUGAACUGAAAGCCACGAAGACGUUAAUGAUCGUUGUGGGGACAUUUCUUGUUUGUUGGCUUCCGCUCUUCGUCUUGUUGUUGAUUCUGCAACACUGCCUGAAGAAGUGCAUCUCUCAGAACUUAAGUAUACUGGCGCAGCAGAUUAUUGGCAUAAUAUUUGUCUCUACUUUGCCCCGUAUAAGCAGCGCUGCGAACCCAAUAAUUUACUCGGUUUUCGACCGAGAAUUCCGUGCAGUCCUCUGCGUGUUUUGUGAUAAGAUUGCGCGCGUUUUACCGCGGGGAAACGUGAGAGACGGUGUGGUCCCAUCUAGGAAUCGUGCAGGUUUCUGUGGCUUGCGCACUACUGACUACACAAGUUCAACUUAUGAUUCUGCUGUGACCUACGGAGCAAGUGAUUAUCUCGGAGUCACUUCUGCAAACAUUAACAGUCGUUCACCGUCUGUAUUUGCUUACAAAUCGCCCGAGAUAUGCUGCCAUGAAACGGCCGUUUAG